AUGGAGCUUCUCUCAACAAUAGCCUCUACCAUCGGCAGUGUGACAUGGGGCCCUCUCGUAGGCCUGUCAAAAAGAUCAAUAUUGAUGCUGCUGGAACGAAUUGAGACAGGCUCUCUUAUUAUUGAGACCCAAGAUGGAAAGACUUUCUCAUAUGGCCCUGGAGGUUCUCCAUCGAGUCAUCUCGAGGUUAAGAGUGAUAUGUUCUGGGUCCGACUGCUCUUAUUUGCAGAUAUGGGAUUUUCGGAGGCUUAUAUGCUCGGGGAAGUCGAAUGCUCAGACUUAUGUUCCUUCUUCACCGUCUUUAUCAAAAACCGUGCUCAACUUUCAAAUGCAAAUACCAUCUCCUCCACGGUGUUCAAUUCCUUGACUUCCAUCGUAAGAUCCACAAACACAAUGACAAAUUCCCUCCUUAAUGUGGCAGCACAUUACGACAUUUCCAACGACAUGUUUUCCGCUUUUCUCACACCCGACAUGACAUACUCAUGUGCCCUCUUCGACACUUCCGUUCCCAAUGACACAAACCUGGAAGCAGCGCAGUACAAGAAGCUGAACAAAAUUAUUAACCUCGCCAAAAUCAAGAGCGCUGAUCACGUUCUCGAGAUUGGGACAGGCUGGGGAUCCUUCGCCAUGGAGGCAGUGAAGAAGACAGGGUGUAAGGUGACUAGUCUGACACUAUCUGUGGAGCAGAAAAUAUUGGCAGAGAAACGGAUUGCACAGGCAGGAUUGGCAGAUAGUAUUACAGUGCUAUUGUGUGACUACCGUGCGUUGAAGACGCCGAAAAAGAAGUUCGAUAAGGUUGUAUCGAUUGAGAUGUUAGAGGCUGUUGGAAAGGAAUACUUGGACACCUAUUUCGAGGUCAUCCACCGGGUUCUGAAAGCCGACGGCGGGAUUGCAGUAUUCCAGUGUAUCACUAUGCCAGAAACUAGAUCCGAUAGCUACGCUAAAGGCAAUGACUUCAUUCGCAAAUACAUCUUUCCAGGGGGUUACCUACCUUCCCAUACACAGCUGGUGAGCUCUAUAAAUAGGGGCUCUGCAGGCGAGCUUGUCCUUGAAUCCGUAGACAAUAUCGGUGGGAAUUACACUCGUACACUCCGGAUUUGGUGCGAGGAAUUCCUGAAGAAAUUCGAUACCCAAAUAGCGCCUGCGUUAAAGAAGCAGCAUCCGAAUAUGAGGAAUGACGAUGCGGAGGUAUUUAGAAGAAAAUGGGUAUAUUAUUUUACCUAUUGUGAAGCCGGAUUUAAGAGCAAGGUGUUGAACGAUAUCAUUUUCAGCGUUGGAAGAGAAGGGGCUACAGAACUAUAUGAGGGGAUACCAUUAUAA